UCUUGUACCGCUCGCCGCCAUGUUGAAAAGGUUAAAGUUCAGCUCAUCUUGGCAACUCGUGUAUCAAAAUUUUCUACGAGUUGCCCAGUGGAAAAUACCACAAGAGGGGGCGUUCAUGUGUGCUUUCCAUGUCGGCGUUUGGUAUUUACCAUAAUUCCCAUAGCACUUGAACGCAGCAUCAGAGAAGAAGUAGGACGCAUGCGCAUAAACCCUUUCUUCUACCCGGCGGGAAGCACUCACAGGAACAAACACACAACAACAAGAAGAAGAAGAUGGCUCCGACUCCGGGAGGAAAAACCGACUCUCUUAUCUGGACCGAUGACGAGGCGGAGUUACUCCUGCGAGUGACUCUGAACUAUAAAACCUCUAAAUAUCAGAAGAAUGUGGACUGGGAGACAUGCCAAACCAAGUACGGAGAUAUUGCGCUCGCCUUUCGGCAGCAGUAUACCACCGGGGACAUGGCUGCAGAGAAGGGCUUUCCUCGCAACCCCAGCAACAUCUCAAAGGCCCAGAUUACUGCAAAACUGAAGGGGAUAAGAAAUAAAUACCGGCAUGCCGUCGACUCUGGGCGUCGGAGUGGCCACGGACGUGUGGUUCUAAUAUUCUUUGAACUGUGCGAAGAGAUCUGGGGUGGAUCGCCUGGAACCGACAGCAUCCCGUCGGGCACCGAGAGUGCUGGUAUGGUGGAAGAUUCGGCCUCCUCCUCGACAUCUGAUUCUCCCAGGUCGCCUGUGGAACUAGAAGUUUCUCCGGCUUCCACCGUGUCUGCUGCAAAGGUCAACCGUCAGAGAAAUGUGUUUCAGGCAAAACUCGAUAGCCACAGAGGUGACAGGCUAAAGAAGAAGGCCCCAGCGGAUGCAGCCGUGCAGGAGGAUCUCCAGAUAAAGAGGAGAAUGCUGCAGCUCAUGGAGGAGUCAGAGAAGCGUGCCAGUGAGCACCUGGAGCGGGUGAACAACAAUAUUGAACUCGUCACAAGCACCGUUAAGAAUGGGUUCGAACUGCUUCAGACACUUGUGCUCCAGCAACAACCACAAGCCCCUGCUCCACAUCCAUAAAGGCCAUACAUGCCAGCACACCAUGCAGCACCGCCUUACCUGCGCGCACCGCGUCAUCCUGCAGAUGCAUACACACCGUUACAUGGCACAACAAGCUACACACCACCCCAUCACACAGCAUGCUGCAAGAGGAAGGUGUGGACACGUAAAGACUGUGCCUCAUUGUGCUGGUUUCUUUUUCCCAUGUGUGUACAGAAUUUGGAAAUCGUGCCUUCUGUGUGUACAAAUUAGUUUUGUGUGCAUAGUUUUAUAUAACUUUAAUUUUCUUAUUGUGUGUGAACAUUUUGAAAAGCAGUC